UUUCAGCUUGGCGGUCAUCGGGUUGGACGGACGCUGCCUUGGAAACGACAUAAAUCCAGUCCACGCGAGCAGGGACCCAGAUUUCUCCACUUCAAAGGCUUCCGCUCCUCUGCCCGCUCCGCCUCUUCUCCACCCAACCAUCCAUCCUCCCUCCGGCCCGAGCCUCCAACACGGUCGUUCCGAAAUGAAAUGCGGGGCAGGGUGAGAAGGAGAAACGGUGAGAAGCGUUUAAAUAACCGAGAGAGGAGAAGCGGAGAGGAGAAGGUGACGGGAGAGCCCGAAGCCAGGUAUAGACCAGCAUGCCGUUGGUGAAGAGGAACAUUGAGCCCCGGCACUUGUGCCGUGGAGCGCUGCCGGAUGGGGUGACUAGUGAGCUGGAGUGCGUCACCAACACUACACUGGCAGCCAUCAUCAAGCAGCUGGGCAGUCUAAGUCGUCAUGCUGAGGACAUUUUCGGGGAACUGUUUAACGAAGCCAACAGCUUCUACCUGAGGAUGAGCAGCCUGCAGGAGAGGGUGGACCAGCUGGCUGUGAAAGUCACCCAGCUCGACUCCACUGUGGAGGAAGUUUCUCUGCAGGACAUCAACAUGAGAAAGGCCUUUAAGAGCAGUACCAUUCAGGACCAGCAGGUGGUGUCGAGGACCUCUGUGCCCAACCCUGUGGUGGAGAUGUACCACCGAUGCGACAAACCUCCACCACUUAAUAUUCUCACCCCCUAUAGGGAUGACAAGAAGGACGCCCUGAAGUUUUACACUGACCCCUCCUACUUCUUCAACCUGUGGAAGGAAAAGAUGCUGCAGGCCACCGAGGACAAGCGCAAAGAGAAGAGACGACAGAAGGGCUGUCCGGCCCACCCUGACAGGCCCCACUCCAGACAGGCCCAACCCAGGAGCCCCCUGUCCAUCUCUGAGCAGCAGAGGCAGGUUGAAGACCCGAGCAGAGAGGUGAAGAAGGUGCGUAAAGCUCGUAACCGACGCCAGGAGUGGAACGUCCUGGCCUACGACAAAGAGUUCAGACCAGACGCCAGGCUCGCCCCCUCCCCUUACCACGGCAUGUCCUCUGAAGGCUCACUGUCCCCGGAUAGCAGAUCAAUGGCGUCCGACUCCUACCCAGCCAGCCCCAACCACCCCUCCACCCAGGCCUCCAGCACUGCCCACCCCGCCGACCACCACACCAGGGAUCACCUCAGUGCCGCGGCCCAGACACAGUCACUGGAUCGGGGCCUGAGGCCGGCCAACCAGCCCCCGGGAGCGGGCGGGGCUGCGCCAACAGGUCGGCACGUGGCCUCCCUGGGCCGGACCCCCUCGGGACACGGCGUCCAGGCUGGAGGAGAUCCGACAGUCAACGGGCCGAGGCAGCAGUCGGUUAAGGACUACCGCGCCGCACACGGAGGGCAGCCCUCCACCAUCCCCGAGUACUACAUCCCGCCGGCCCCUCCCCCACCCCCACCAACCAUCCCUUCUGCCCAGACCGCCUUCGACUCCACCAACGCCCCGCCCUCCGCCACCUCCACUGUCCCCCGACCUCUUGCCCUCUCCCGUCCCUACUCACCCUCUCCUCCUCCCCCGGCCAACUACGUGCCCUCUCCCUCCCACCCGCCUUCAGGCGCACCCCCGGCCGCCCCUCCUCCUCCUCCUCCCGGAGCCCCCGCGGGCCACCAGGCCCACCCGUCACCCCGCACGCCGCUAUCGGUCAGUCAGCUGUGGACGCGGCACCCUCGACGAGGAAGUCCACCAUGCUGGGGAGAUCCCAUGAGCGACGCCCGCUCCGACCUGCUGGCGGCCAUACGUAGAGGUAUCCAGCUGAGGAAGGUGCAGGAGCAGAGGGAGCAGGAGGCGAAGAGGGAGCCCGUUGGCAACGACGUGGCCACGAUCCUGUCGCGUCGUAUCGCAGUGGAGUACAGCGAGUCCGACGACGACUCCGAGCUCGACGAGAACGAGUGGUCCGACUAAAAGGAAAAAAAACGAUAGAGAGAUGAAGCGGGGAGAGUUAAAGGGGGAGAAAUGUGACGCUAAGUUGCAACUUAAGGGGUUUGGUUAGUUUUAAUGUUCAUCAUCAACUAAAAAAGUCUGAUUAAAAAAGAAUAUCAGUCAUACAUUUCUCACACACCUGUCUGUGAACUUAAACCAGAGAGGUUUUUGUGUCCGGCCACCCAGGGUGUAUGGCACAAUAACCACACACACUGUUUCAGCCCCACAUCUGCUUAUUUUUAACCUUUAACAACACUCAGUACGCAGCAGCUCCCCCUCCCCUACACGCUCUAUUAGCAAUAUUACAGGCUCUGUAUGUAGGUGGGCCCCUGGUGAGUAUGGGGGCGACGUGUUUACAAAACACAAGGUAUAUAGCACAAGACUAACUAAUUAUAGUGCAAUCUUAACUCCUCUGCCAAAUGUUGAGAAAGGAUUUAUGGAAACGAGUAAGGAUAAUCAGGGAAAAAAAGAAAAAUAGCUUAUUAGCAGAUAACUCGCUAGCUUUCUGGGUCAUGCCUGUUUACGAAACACGCACACCCUCCUUUGGAGACACUGACCUUUUGGGAGUUUGGCUCAUCUGAACCAGCGUGAGACAGCAGGAGGAACAUCUCUGUGUAGUGAGCUGUCAUGCAUGCUAACAGGAAGUGGCUAAUGUAGCUGUAGCUAACGGGAGAUAAAAGUGCUCUGUGGAGGUACGUACAACUGGAGACGCUCGUCUGGAGAGCUCCCUUAGUUUAUGCUUCAGUCACAUUGGCACUCAACAACCCUGCUUUUAUAUAGGAAUAUAACCAGUAUGCAACCAGCUGAGUUGAGUCUAUUGCAAAGAGACGCGUUAUAGACGAGUUGUGCUCUCUGGUACAGACUUAUUGAGAUGGAGUCCAACCUCCUGACAGUGCUGACACCUCUGUGUUUAGAAAGUAGAGGACAGUGAUUUGCAAACCUUUGCCAGUCAGUCUGAGAGUCGAGUGUUUGAGUCAGUCUGCAUUUGUUUAGAGACCGAUUGCCUCCCACCAGGCGACCUGUGCAGUCGAGAUGAAACCCCAGAAGGUUGACGGUGCUGCAUUUUGAAGCUCUGGGUGACCAGUUAGUUGCUGCGCCUACUUGAAGUCUGUUGCUGGGUGCAAAAAAAUUCAAUGAAAUUACCAGGUAACCACCUUUUUUUUCUGAGCAGAUAAUCUUAUUCUUAAAGCCAGAUAAUAUGCAUUAAUAUUUUUUAAAAUCUAUGUAUUUGAGCCCUCUGGAAAAUGUUCCCUGACAUGAUUAUACAUCUCUUUUAAAGAGGUCCUAAUCAGAAUAUCAAAACAAACACACGAUCAGCAGCAUUUGAAAUGCUCAGAGUAAUAUUUUAUCUCACAGGUGUGUUUAUGAGCUCGCAGUACGCUGGCGUUAGCUUACAGGCAGAAACUACACAGAGAAAUGUGGAAGCUGGCUCUCCAGGUAUGUUUUGGUUAUAAAAGUGAUUAGAAAGCCAAACUCUCAAAAACAAAAAAGGGGUGUGGUCAGUGCGCUUCUUAAACUCAUACCUUCUAACAUUAGAAUAGUGUGAUGAAACUGUGAUAAAAGACUCCACCCACCCAGGAUGAAGCUGGUGUGGGAAAACAAGCGCCAGCAGCCUCGUUCGAUUUUCCCUCUCAUUGAAUACUUGACCCCCCAUCUGCCCAGUCUGAACAGUGACUAUCACUGUUCAGACUGGGCAGUGCUAUUUUUCGUAUUUGUUCAUAAAGUGAAGCCUGACAUUUCAGCCAGUGACUGUGUGCUGUGCUCUUGGUCUUAUUAUAAACGCUUCCACACUUAAACCACAGCUGGAGCAGCUCUCACAAAGCCCAAGGGUCAAAGGUCAUGUCCACUCCUUCACUCGACCCUGGGUCAGCACUGCUGUCUGUGGAGGCUUUGUGAACGCAGCCCCUGGACUAUAAAUACAUAAGUGUAAGAGGCUCACGGCAGUAAUCUACAGUAUAUUCUCUCUUCUCUCUUUUCGGUAUAGGUUUGGCUAAUCCUCGGUAUGAGCUGGUUGGACUGUAGUGUUUUAUAAUGUGCUUUUUCUUUUUUCAAACGUGCUGCAGUGAGUUGUUCACUUUGAUUUAUUUUAGGGUUUUCUGACUGUCCAGACCAGGAUGAAGGUACCAGAUAAAACAGGUAUAUCACAGAAGCCACGUAAAGGGUGAUUUUUUGUUAUUAUUGUUACCAGAUUAACCUUUAAACAUUAUCCUGCAAAGACAAAUUUUAAUAUUUGUUUUAGUUUUCUUUUCAGAUGAUUGAUUUCUUUUUUGUUUUUAAUGCUGCAACCUUUAAUUGCAAAGCAUUGUGGGAAGUGGAGUUCUACUCCUCCAUGUGCUAGAAUUGUGGCAGAGAUAUUAACCCAACAGCGUUUCAGUUGGUUUUUAAUUUGUCUGUGUUAGGAAAACGUGCGCUCUGAACAGUUUCUGAUAUUCAACGGUCCCACCUAACCAAAAAAAGUACAAGUGUACGUGUGGAAGAUUACAUUAAAAGGUUUGCUCUACAACUUUUACGUUUAGUUGAAAAGUUAAAUCGUUUUUUCAGGCUGUUAAGAAGGAAACUGAUUCAUGAUUCGAGGUGGCUAACCGUGGAUUCAUGGUUAGAAUUCAGCUGUAUGGUGCAAAAGUCUUGAGUCAUCUCAUUUUUUAAAUAUUUUGCCUUCAGACAACCACGCUUUCUUGUAAAUUUUGAGUAAUAGUUCUCCAGACUUUCUGAAGGUCUUUCACAAUUUUCAGUUCAGUCCUUGUACCUGAGCAGAGACUUAACACUGACCUAUGAAUUAUUCAAGGAUGACUUAACAGAUAACUCACUUUAAAUUGUAUCUUUAGGUACUUUGUAACUAGCAUCCUUUUGCAAAAAUCACAUUCGUUUCAAUUUUUCUAGCUGAAUCUAGAAAAAUGCCAAAGAUAAAACAGUUUGACAGACAAAUAGUAUUUUUGUCUGAAAGUCAGAAAUAAGAAAAAAAUCCAACAAAGACCAGACACAGGACCUGAGAGCUUCAGAUGAUCCCUCUACUGUUCACUGAUGCCUCAUCAGAAAUGGCCUCAGUGGAAGGAUGAAAAACACACUCAAUGAAACACUAUCAUUCAUGAAUUGGCCUUCUCAGAGCCCAGACCUCAAUAUUGUUGAAUUCAUCUAAAGAUAGCCAACAUCCAAAGAAGAGCUUUGUACCUAAAGAAGCCUGGAGAACGACUCCUACAUAAAGAAAUUACAAGAAGUCUUGUCUAAGAGUUCAGACUGUGCUGAAGAAUAAAGGUGGUCACACCAAAUAUUGACUUUCAAGUCUGUUACAAUUAUACAAACUCUGUUUUUUCCUUAUAUGCUGUAUUUACAUGUAUGUUUGCAUGAAACUAAGGUACUGCACCUACUUCCAAAAUGCAAAAAGAUGAGCGAUGGAUCAGGACUUUUGCAUAAUACUGUAGUAGCCUGAAAAUAUGACAGUUUUGACUAGCCAGUCAUAUUUAGCUCAGAAAAAGGGGGGAAAAACAUCAGCGGACAUGUGGUGCUUGGUGGGACUCCACAUUUGCCUAAAUUGUACAUUAGCCAUGUUUUCUUUAAUUGUACAAUCACUAACUUCAGUGUCUAAUUACUGUUGUACAUGUAAAGUGUUCAGCAGCAUUCAGCCUAAUUUCGUUCUCCAUAUCUACAGCUGUAAUAAUCUAGUUCAGUACCUGAGACUGUUCAGACUGCUCAGUACUUUCACCUUUACCUGUGCAGGUUUAUUCCCAAUAACGACAGGAUUCUGAAAAAGGGACAGGGCUCAAAAGUAGCUUUAAUUUUUUUGUUCUUGUAUAUAAACUCAAUUAACUCAACAACUGCACUCUGCUGGAGAUUCACAACCGGACUAAAGAGCGGACAAUGAGUGGACAGGUUCUUGGUUUUCUCCCUGAAUGUUUAGAAUAAGAUUUAAGGAUUUGUGCCAAGGCCUGCGUUUAUAGACAUUAUUACUGAAGCAAAAAAGCACAUAUGAAGAGAUAUAGAGUGGAUUUGCAACAGACCUGGCCAAUAUUUACCUAGAAUUUAAAAAAAAAAAAAGGUUGUAUCGUAACGGAGGAUGCAAGAAUCUAGAGAAAAGUGUGCGCCAGGUCUGAUUGUUCUGAUUGUUUAUUCUAUGGUCGUGUUGUUGUGCUGGAGCCAUAGAUAUACUCAGUCAUGAAAUUUGCCCGGAGUAGCUCGUGACCCUGCAGCGUUUAAGAAUGUAAAGCUGUGACUUUGACGAUUUUGCUACUUCCCGUAUUCUUUGAUGUGCUGACAGCUUUUCCGGUCCCGGCAACAAAAGCUGAGACCUGGCAUAUCAAGCGUACCUUGUGUAUCUAUGGCUACUGGCUUCUAAGAAAACUUUGUUAUGUGUUGAAAAUGUGAGAAACGAACUAUGUUGUAUAGACUUUUUUUGGUAAGGCAGCCUGUAAAGUAAAAUUGGGGUAAUAUAACCUAGACAAUGAAACUAAAUGAAACUGUGUACUGCACACUAAAAUCAACUGUAAGCAAGUAUGCAUGUAACUAUAGCUAAUAAAUGGUGAACAAAACUGUG